AGCUCGGUGAGUGAUAUCCAGGUUCGCCUGGUCAGAGGAAUAGUACUACCUAGGGGCCUUUAUAAUCUGUGAUGGUUCGUAGACAUUUCACCACUGAUUCCCCAUGGAUCGCUCUUACUUGCUCACCGUUCCAUUCGCCAUUUGUCUCUAUGGCGUCUUCAAACGACGUUCGAUCUCAAAGGAAAGGCAACCUCCCGUCGUUGAUAUACCGGCCGAGGAUAUCUUCGCCAGACCGAAGGAAGCGUAUUCGGCCGCCCUUGAGGCAUAUGGCCCUGUCAUCGCUGUGCAUCGGAAAGGAAACCUUGAAUACAUCGUUGGUCCUGAGUACGCGAGAUAUGUCCUUACAUGCGACAAGCUAUUCAGCUUCGAACAAGGCUCCGCUGCGAUCAUGAAUUUGCAACCGAUCAUGGCUAUUACCCAGGGCGCCCUCUUCCAAGACCUCAACGAAUUUGUUCGAGAAGGUAUUAUCGCGAGGAUUGAUGAGAUCGUGUAUAAGAUAUUCCCCAUCUAUGACCGUGACGGCUCAUUUUUCGUGGACGCUGUCAGAUUGUCUCAACAGGGUCAACCCCAGCCUGAUUCCUUCCAACAUUCUCGUAACACCAUCUCCGAGACCACCCUUAUUCUUCUGCUGGGUGAAGCCUACGUGAACGAACGGAACAUGCGAAUCAUCGAAGACGUAUCGAACGGGAUGGCAGAACUCACGGGUCAGUACCAGAACUUCUCGUUCCUGGGAAGAUACCUGCCCUGGCUAUGGGUCUUUCUCACCUGGAUCAACGUGAUAUUGAUUAAGAUACCAUUCGGCUUCCUGCGUCUGCUUGGCCCGCAGCUCUGGGCGGACGUGAAUCAAUUUGAAACCAACGUUGCAUCCGGCAUUUCCCCGCGGGACGAGCCUAAGAAUGUGUUGUACCACAUCGUCAAGACGUACUCGCCCGACGGACGGCGAAUUGGACUCUUUCGCCGAAUCUACAUCGGCGUUCUACUACUAUGCCUGAUCUUUGCCGCAGUACACACCACGACGGUCGUCUCGCAAUGGGUGCUCUUCCAGCUCGCUGCGCACCAGGAGUACUUGGCCCCGUUGCGCGAAGAGCUCCUUAAGAUCCGCGAGGAAGACGACUCGGGUGCUAUGAGUUUGACCGCAGCAUCUUUGCGCGAAGCGCACUUGCUUGACUCGUUCAUCCGCGAGGUAAUGCGGCUCAAAGGGGAUACCAUUUCGACCAUGCGAUUCACCACAUGCGACGCGCCGUUGGGCGAAUACAUAAUACCCAAGGGGUCCUUCGUGACACCGAUGUCAUGCAUGGUUCACGAGAAUCCAGAGACAUUCGGUGACGAGGCGUCGGACUUCAACGGCUUCCAAUGGGCAGAACAGAACAAGGAUGCAGCAAUGACCGGCGCGACACACAUUGUCUUCGGACUCGGCCGCUUUGCGUGCCCGGGUAGGGUACUCGCUAUAAAUGAGAUCAAACUUAUUGUAUUGUGCCUGAUAGGACGUGCCACGCCGAGUCUUCUCGAGGGCCGCUUCGAAGUUACGGACCCCCUUAACACAGUCACGCAGCCUCCUAAAGGAACUCUAGUCUUCACGCCACUGGAGAAACCCCUCCUCUAGACGUCUGCCAUACUCCGCACCGACACCCUACCCCUCGUAGCUCAUGAUCCUUGUUGCUCUACAUCACGACAUCCGCUUCUCGUGUAUGUUGCUCUAACGAUGCUUUCGAUAACAAUCAGUAUGUAGCAUUGCGUUUCCGUCUACCCAUUCGUCAGGUAGAUAUGCGGGCUGCCAGCGUAGAUGAGUCACUCAGCCAUUCGGAGCGUUGACG